AUGGUACUCAUAAAUCCACCUACAACCGGGCGUGUAAUCAGCCGCACCUCGCAUGCCAUUGCUUUGUCGACAUCCAGACGCUUUUCUACCACGCCGAACAUAUACCAAGAACUCACUCUUCUACAAGACAAGCAAAAUGGGUUUGGAUUCGCGCGGUCAAACCCCAGACCUGCCAAGCCUAGAACGAAGGGAGUCACUGAGAUCCGAGGCCCAUACUACUCAGUCAUGGGCAAAAGAUAUCUCGCAGAUAUCCUCGAGACGAUGGGCGACCAUGUAGAUGGUCUCAAGUUUGCCGGAGGUGCUUUUUCCCUCUUUCACGAGAAAUCACUGCGGGGAUUGGUCGAUCUUGCCCAUGAACACGGUGUGUACAUCUCGACGGGUGGAUGGGCCGAGUACCUCCUCACACAUCCCGACCCAAACACGGUAUUUGACCGCUACUUGAAGAAAUGCAAGGAUCUCGGACUUGACGUCGUUGAAUUGUCUUCUGGUUUUCUGUCAAUCCCAGCGGAUGACUGGCUCCGUCUUAUUGAUAAAGUCCACUCAUACAAGUUGGAACCAAAGCCUGAGUUGGGGAUUCAAUUUGGGGCCGGCGGGGAUACACCAGCGUCAGGACUUGAAGCGAUUGGGACCUCUGAUCCUGGAAAAUUGAUAAAUUUGGGUCGUAGGUUCCUUGACGCUGGGGUGAAGCGGUUGAUGAUUGAGUCAGAAGGUAUUACUGAAAAUGUUAGCUCCUGGAGGACUGAUGUGGUGUCGAAGAUCAUGAAAGAGCUUCCUCCGGAGCGUGUUAUGUUUGAGGCAGCAGAUCCCAAGGUCUUUAAUUGGUACGUUCGUGAAUUUGGUAUUGAUGUCAACCUGUUUGUGGACCAUAGCCAGAUUGUGCAGCUAGAAUGCCUGCGGACUGGCAUCUGGGGCACUGCCGACACAUGGGGCAAGAUAGUGUCGUUCCGACCAUGA